AUGGCGGCUUCGUUUCGUUCUCUCCCCGCAAGCUGUAACAACAAAUGGUACUACACCCGGCAACAGAUCGACAACAGCCCAUCCCGGCGAGCUGGACUUGAUCCCGACAAGGAGCUGUCCUACCGGCAACAGGCGGCCAACCUCCUCCAGGACAUGGGACAGCGGCUCAACGUGUCCCAACUUACAAUUAACACAGCGAUUGUGUACAUGCAUCGAUUCUAUAUGGUCCAGUCAUUCACAAGAUUUCACAGAAAUGUCAUUUCUCCUGCCGCUCUCUUCCUCGCUGCCAAGGUUGAGGAGCAACCCCGAAAGCUGGAACACGUUAUCAAGGUGGCCCAUGCAUGCCUCAACCCUCAGGAGCCUUCGCCAGAUGUGCGCAGUGAUCUUUUGAAAUCACCAUUGACCAUCCACAUACUCAUGUUGUCAAGUGCACCCAGCUUGUCAGAGGUGAGCAUCAAAAGACAGGUUUGA